CCAGCGCAGGGUUCUUCAUCUUCUCCGCCAUUAGAUUCCCAGAUCUUCUCCUCCUGCGCGCGGCUCUUCAUCAUCUCCGUCCUUGUUCUUCAUUUCUCCAAUCGAUCUAAGUGCUUGACUCCGUCACUACUCCUCGUUUUUCCAAUCCAUUCACUUUGUCACUCCGAUAAUGAGGCCCCAAAGAUAUAAAAGACAUUUUCUCUUCUUUAAAAGACAAUGGAGUGGAACUUAAUUGCAACACUGAUACCAUAAAACCUCAGUAGUUGCAAGGAGCAGUGAAAGCUUCAGUAAUUUUUUGUUGGCUUUGCAAUUAACACUUGAGCAUGGACUUGUUUGAUGGAAUGGAACAUGGAGCUAUUUUAUAAAAUGGAGCAAGGAGUUGUUAGAUGGAAUGGAAUAGGGAAUUGAUAGCCUGAAUAUACCAUUUUUCAUUUUUGAGUGCUCUAGGUAGUUUUCCUCUUUUAGGGUCAUCUUCUUCCGUUCACUAUAUUUCACUCUUUUUAUAUGUAUUUUACGGAGUAUUAAAUAAAGCUAAUAAUGUGCCAAAGGUGUUGUGACGGUUUCAACCGCAUUUCAUGUUACGAAGAUGAUUUUUGAUGGCAACUCCGAUGAAGUUAAUCAUUUCCGUGCAAGUUUGCCGAUGCAAGUUGAUGAAGUUAGUGCUUCCACCACUUUGAUGUUACUUGGGGGAAAUGAAGAUGAUGUUGGUGUUGUGAAGAUAACUGCCCUAAAGACUCUACUUGACACAACAAAGGUUUAAGGUGAAUGUGCAUGUGUUUGAUGCCAAUGGCCACGCCUCUUUUGUUCUUUGGGAUAGGGAGUGAAAGGAGAUUUUAGGUGCAAGUGCGUACCUGCUUAGAGAGCUUAUGGUUGAGAGAAAGAUGGACCCAAAUUUAUUUCGUGCGGAGUUGAAUCAUUUAAUUGGUCGGAAGGGUUUGUUCAAUGUGGUGGUGAAGUCUGAAGGUGGGAGUCCACACUGGACGGGCCCUAGGAGUUUUGGUGUUCGAUCUUUCAUUGCCGAUCCUAGAAUUCUCAAGAAGUAUGAACAUUUGGUUGAAGAAGUGGUUGAAGAACCUGUCGAAGAUGAGACUGAAGAUUUGUGGAACUCCCUAGAGGACCUAAGCCAGAAAGUUGGAGAAGUGGUCUCCAAUUCCCUAUUCAAUUUGUUAUACGUGAUAAUGAAGGCAAAUCAAUUUCUUUACUUAAUAUUAACUUUUUUUCCUAGAUUGGUUCAAAUAACCCAAGUUCAAGCCAGGCUGAGGCCACUUCCCGGCGGAAGAUUGAUGCGAUUGAGAGCGGGGAUCCCAUCAAGCGGCAGCUCCUAGAUGAGUUAUCCACCACAACCCAGACUAAGAAGGUCAAGAGAGGGGGUUCGAAAAUGUGAGGAGAAUCAUGGAAUGGAAACAAAUGAAGCAACUUCAUGGAU